CCAGGAACGAAGACAGAAGCCGUGCAGGGACCGAAGCUGUCAGUGAGCUGUCGGUGUCCGUCCACAGCCACAGUCAGACUAAAGCUCUGUAAUGGGAAAAGAGAAGAGGAGUUGCAUUCAACGCUGUUCGGCUUUUCACCACACAGACAAACGAGCGAGAGGAGAAUAUAGCAGCUGAGAAGUUCACGGGUCUUUCUGUAACAUCUGGCACUUUGCUCUACUUGAGCUGAAGGCGAGAGAGGCUGACUUCACGUUAACAGCCGAUUUCAUCAACUGUUCAGCUCGACGACCUCCAAGUUCACAGCAGUAAGGUUGAUAUGGUUAACAGCAGGGUGGAGGCACCCGCGGUGGCAGUGAUGGGCGGUGGCGGAGGGACAGCGGGCAGGCUGUGUGCAGGAUGUGGAGGUCGAAUCGCAGACCGCUUCCUGCUCUUCUCCAUGGAGCGGUACUGGCACACGCAGUGCCUCAAGUGCUCCUGCUGCCAUGCUCAGCUGGGCGAAUACAGCAGCACCUGCUACAGCAAAGGAGGCAUGAUCCUCUGCAAGAACGACUACAUCAGGCUGUUUGGACACAGUGGGGCCUGUAGUGCUUGUGGACAGUCUAUACCUGCCAGUGAGAUGGUGAUGCGAGCACAAGGCAACGUGUACCACCUCAAGUGUUUUACCUGUGCGACCUGUAGGAACCGCCUGGUGCCUGGCGAUCGCUUUCACUACAUCAAUGGGACGAUCUUCUGUGAACACGACCGGCCGGGAGGUGGUCUGCUCAGUGGACAUCCAACUCCACUGCAGGCCAACAGCAUGAUGUCUGACCAGAAGGUCUGCUGAGGAGGAAGAUAAAAAAAAACCAAAUGUGUGCCUUCUCCCCCACCUUACUCUUCUGUCUCUCCUUCACCGAGCUCCCCUCCCUCUACCUGUAAAUCCUGCCAUUGGUUGACCACCCUUCACCCUGAUGAACUGUCACUCUACAGUCUGGAUGUAGCCACUCCUGCUACUCCUUUAGAUUUUAACAUCCCAACAGACACUGGUCUCUCUUAGUAGACUGAGAGGAGUGAAAUCUGGCCAAGUGCAGUCCCCCAUUGGAGGGCUGAGGAUGCCGAGGAUGGCUGGAACUUAUUUAUACAGUAGACUGAAGUCUAUUGUGAACUGUGGCAAUAUGACUAAUAAGAAGUGGCAUGGCUAGUGGGGGACAAGUAGAAGACUACCAUGGAAUUCAUUACCUUUAUCCAGCUAACCAGUGGACAUUGAUUACUAAGGGAAGACUGGCAGCAGUGCAAUUUCUGCAAGAGCUAAAACACAUUCAAAAUCACACAGACCACAAACAUAUUUUGACCUUUUUUUGUUUUGUGUUUUGGUUUAAGGAAAAAAAUGUAUGUUUCUUUUGAGUCAUGAAUUCUACUGCUGAGUGUGUCCUCCCAGACAGAGAGACAGGUGAAAAAGAAAACAUCUAUAUUGAUACUUAAACUGUUUCUCUGUGUAAUUCUCUUUCAGUUUUCAACAAACAUGUUAGUGUUGGCAUUUUUUUUUUUUUUUCACGCAGUGGGUUGGGGAAGUGAUAGUCACCCUAUGGUGGUAGUGGUCCCACCUCAGAUAGAGGUAGCUUGAGUUUUCCAAAUAUGUUUGGAAAAAAAACUGAUAUCUCAGUAAUAAAGGACCAUACCAUAGUUUUCUGCCUGUUACAGCCCAUAAGCCUCAAGUUGUGUACACCAUAAAUUCUCAAAUAGUAGCCGGGGCCUUUAUUUUAGACUAUUUUAUUUUAGACUUUAGGCCUGCCACAAUAACUACUUAUGUGGGAUGAUUUAUCAUCCCAAAAAUAAAAUUGUGAUAAAUAAUAGUAACAGCAUUUUGAGACAAUUUUAUGUCACUGAUGUGAUGAUAAUAAAAUUAUAAUAACAUAAUAAUUCAACCGCUCCCUUUCAAAGAGCAAUGAACUUUUAUUUCUUAAGAAUAUUCAGACACUAAAUAUGAAACAUGUUUUUUAAAAACACCGUUAACACCUGCUGAUGUAAGACAGUAUCUACAGGAGAAAACACAACUUCAAAAUAAAAGCUCUGUUCAGGAAAUUCACUGUACUUCAAAAUAAAGUUGUUUUUGGUUUUUUGUUUUGUUUUGUUUUGGUUUUUUUUACAAAGUUGACAUGUUCUCAAGUCCAUUGCGGUCCACUCAUUAUGGACCAGCGACCCACUUUUGGACCCACCAGUUGGGAACCACUGUUCUAGAUGAUACUAAGGGCAUCCAGGGGAAUGUCCUGAGUACUUUGUCUACAUUUUCUGUUGCACAACUGAGAACACUACAAUAGAUUAAGCUCAUUUGGUUAUAAAAAAGAAAAAUGUUUUUGAGUCCACAAAAUCAGGCUCCCAUUCAGUGUCUGUGGAACAGCUCCAGACUUUAUACCCAUGACAUCACAAGUUUGAGACCUCCUUCUCUGGUACUGUAGCUCAUAUUCACAAAUAUUGAUUAAACUUUCCUAGGCUAUGGAAAUUGCAUAUUGGAAUUCUAAAUUUAGAUGGUGUUCUGGUGCAUGACACCCACAUUCAUAUUAAGGUUUACUUCGCCACAAACAAACUUUGGACCUCAAUUUUUCUCCAUCUUACAGUUUGGUUCUAUUUCUAAUGAGCAUGACAGCCUCAAGGAGCUGCUAGCCUGGCGGUAGGUAUACUCUUUGUCCUGUUAGUUAAUGGGCUGUAACAGGCAAAACCAGCAGUGGCAAUGCCACUUAGAGUUGAUUUAAGCAAGCCUUUAUUGCUUCUAAAUAUCUGAUGAAGAAACGCAACAACAUUUUUACAGCAGGCUUUCUAACAGUGGGGGUUCUUCCUUGUUUUCAUUGUUGUAUAUUUCUCCAAAGGCCUGUGAUGCCAAUAACUAAGCUUUUCUGGAUUUACAAUCAUUUCUACAUAGUCAGUGGAGAUAUACACAGUGAUUCUUGACUUUGUUAGGAAAACGGUACUACAGAGCCCAGAAGAUCAACGGUCCCCAUCCACAUGAAUUUAUUUUCUUUAUACUUCAUCAUGAUGUACCCUCUGUCCCUCAGCUGUUGACGGUAGUUCCAGACAUUAUAAGUACUUUGGGGGUCUAUAAGUGUUUGUAAGUGUGUUUGGAAAGAUUAUUAUUAAUAAUACUCUGCAAGAGAUUUAGCUGCAGUGACGUAUAAUGUACAUUCUAAUUGUUAUUGCAGCAAGGAUCAAGUUUUUACAGUUUCACCUGAUCUGUUCAUAGUUCAUGAAUAAGUGAGGGAAGAUUGGAUUGGAUAUAUUCAAAGUGCACUAAUAUCCUGUUAUGUUGUGUGCUACAAUGUAUGAAUCAUGUUUUCUGUGUUGCAAGUUGUGUUUUUCAGUUUCAGUCAAGAGCAUUAAUGCCCUAAGCUGUGUAUGGAAACAGAUAAUUCCUCAGAAGAACUUAUAGUAGUAAUGAUUUAGCCAUUCAGCUGACAUGUGAGGAGUGUGUUGAGAAUAAUCCAUCUAAAGCUACACUUAGAGUGCAGCAACGAGUUACAGGUAGCCAAUGCAGACUGAGGAGUAAGUAAGAAAUGCUUGUGGUUCUCAGACAAACAUGGCUGAUUACCCACAGGAAUGGGAUUUCAAAGGCCUGAGCCGAAGCCAUUACAGAAGCAAUUAAAGUGGGAUGCGCUGGAGGCCUGCAUGGGCUUUAGCUGCACUCCAGUGUUGCAGCCUAAUGAGGCCUAAUCUGGUGAGCUGGUCUAAUUAAAAGGGAGGGAGCUUUUUCCUGUGGGCACCAUGCAGCCAGCAGUUUGUGCUCUCCGUAGCUGUCUGAGGGGAAAAAGCAAGUCAGUAAAUGCAUUGUUUUCAUCCAUGAGAAGUUUGGUAUUCCUCCAUUCUCUGUCCAUUCAAAUUAAAACAUUUAACUUGA